CCACAAGGAGUCAUGUAAUGUUGACGUGUAUUUUGCUGGUAGUCUGAAAAUUUCUAUUUCGCAUCAUCCAGCUGUGACACACGGACAUAAUUUAACCGCAACUUGAACAGUUUUUACCGACAUAUCGUACAUUUUCAGCGGCGUGUGGCCUCGCAACAGUCAGUGACGAUGUCCGGAGAAAUUUCAAUGAUUGGUUCGGUGAUCCUGGCCCUGUUCCUGGCCGGCUAUCUGGGCCAGCAGUACUUACCUCCCCCGAAACCCAAAGUGAUCGGCCUGGACCUGGGUACCACCUUCUGCUCUGUGGGCGUCUUCCACCCGGGCAGCGGAGAAGUGGAGGUGAUAGCGGAUGAGGAGGGGAAGAAGAGCAUCCCCAGCGCCGUCUCCUUCACCACCACUGCGGUGCUGGCCGGACACGAAGCCGUGGACCUCGCCGACACCAACCCUCAAAACACCAUCUACGAUGCCAAGAGGUUUAUCGGGAAGAUAUUUGAGCCGGAGGUCAUGGAGCAGGAGAGUGCUCGGUACCCGUUUAAGGUUAUUAACAACAAUGGAAGUGCAGAGUUUCUCAUCUCCACCAACCAUACCUUCACCGUGAGCCCAGAGUACAUCGGCUCCAGGCUGUUGCUGAAGAUGAGGAAGAUGGCUGAGAAACAGCUGGGCGUGCCCAUCCAGAAAGCCGUCAUCUCUGUGCCUGCGGAGUUUGACGAGAGACAGAGGAACUACACUGUCAGGGCUGCCAACCUUGCUGGCUUAGAGAUCCUGCGUGUGAUCAAUGAGCCCACGGCUGCAGCCAUGGCCUACGGCCUGCACAAGGUGGACGUCUUUAACGUGCUGGUGGUCGAUCUCGGGGGAGGAACCCUGGAUGUGUCUCUGCUCAACAAACAGGGAGGCAUGUUCCUCACUAGAGCCAUGGCAGGAAAUAACAAGCUGGGAGGCCAAGAUUUCAGCCAGAGGUUGCUCCAGUACACCACAGAGCGAGUCCAACAGGAGUUUGGUGUUCCACCAACCCUCAAAGAGGACAUCCACCAUCUCCGACAGGCCGUGGAAGCUGCCAAGCUCAACCUCACCCUCCAACCCAGCGUCACCAUCAUGGUGCCACUGCACCUUCAGACCAGCGGCAGCUCACCUGAAGGUGCUGCUCCUGCUACGGUUCACUUCCAGGCGAUGAUCACUCGGGAGCUGUUUGAGGAGCUGAACGAGGACCUUUUCCAGAAGAUUCUGGCUCCUGUUAAGACGGUGUUGGCUGAGGGACACCUAGAGAAAGAGGAUGUGGAUGAAAUUGUUCUGGUCGGAGGGUCCACCAGGAUACCACGGAUCAGGAGGCUGAUUAGUGAGUUCUUUGGGAAGGAGCCCAACACAUCAGUAGACCCUGACCUGGCUGUGGUAACAGGUGUGGCCAUUCAGGCUGGCAUCAUGGGCGGCUCCUGGCCUUUGCAAGUGAGCGCUAUAGAAAUCCCCAACAGACACCUGCGUAAGACGAACUUUAGCUAGACUUCAUUAAAUUUAUUCAUUAAGAUAAAACAGAUGCCACAGAGUCUUGCCAGGGAUUCCUAACUGUGUCUCACUUCUCUAAUGUGCUUAAUUUAACAUCUGCUGAUGUGAGAACAUGCACAACAAAAAUCACUGUCACCUAAAUGGAGACAUGCAAGACAUUCAGGUUUUGGACUCUUCUUAUACUUCCUUGUUUGUCAAAGGUGGCAAUAGCAAACAAACAAAAAAGUGCUGAUCAUGUAUUGAAACAUACCAAUGUUCCUCUUUGACAGAUAGUGACUGAUAACAUCUGGAGAAGUGAAGAGUCUUGUUCUCUAUCUCACAGUGACGGCUGCAUUUGUUGCACACAGAGUUUCAGCAGUGGUAACACUGUGAGACUCAGAUGAAAUGUGAAUAAGACACUUCUCUGUUGUGUAUCUACUAUAUAUUCAGCUUCACUGAUGAUGACUAGUUGUGGUAGAUACAUUAAUGGUGUUCAAUUCAGGGAACAACCACUCACUUAAAGGACUUAAAGACUAGCCAGUACAUCUUCAGCUAUUUAUUUAUUUAUUCCUGUUAACAGUAUGUGUGUGUGUGUAAGUAUGUUGAGUUCAGGUGUCUUGCAGGCCUUUAAUGUGUUUUCACAUCUUUCCAUCAAAGGCUGACACACAGUGUGCUUGUGCCUUUUUAGAAAGCUGCUAUAUUGAUUGAUUGAACUGCUGCAGGUUAGUGGUUCUGACAGAGGCCUUUGUCCAGGUCCCUGAGAUGUCCACUGGAAGUUACUGGGACAGAGAGACACCUCAGUGCAAAGACAUAGAUUAAUUUAUUUAAAACUAACACACUGCAGUAUGAACUCAUAAAUAAGGUAUCGUGGUGAGGUGCAGAGUACCCAGCUAACCGAUGACAGUGCAUGUUGGAGAAAGCCUUAAUAUUCAUACAGUACUGUAAAUCACUAGUAUCAUUAACCCUCCCUUUGAAUAGAAUACACGUCAGAUAAUUUGCAUCUGAACAAGAUGGAGGAGACAUGCUCAGUGCCACAUUUUGAGGACUUCCACUUGUUCCUCAGCUUACACUUUUUUAUGCAGUAGCACAUGCUUUAUUUACAUGGCAAUGACUUGCACACUUAAAAUAAUUGUGAUGCACGUGAGAGUUGCUUUUGCUGCUGUAGGUAGAGAGGGUCAACUCUGGCAGUCCCGCAGAAGGACCAAAGCUUUGCUUACUGGUGCCUUGUGUAUUUGAUAUAGAGAAAUGUGUUACUGUCACAUACAGGAUGUUUGAUCAGAGUGCCUGAGACUUGACACAUCUGUUAAAUACUUUAGUGUUAAGAAAAUGAGUUUCACUUGCACUUAUUCUGGUGGACAGUAGGCUGGUUAUUGUACAUCCACCAUGGAAGUUAAUUUCCAUCUCUAUUUCAAAAUUCUGUAUUUUUCUUUGGAAAUAUAAAACCCAGAACUCUGCGUAUCUUAAGUACACAUGGUCCAGUGAGUAUUACCAUUCCCCACCAUUCCUUUAAAGCUAUCACAACUGUUCUUUUUUGCCAAACAUCAUGAGAUGAUGUAUAUUUUAUUUUCUGUAUACAAAUGAUGUAUCUCUCAUGUUGUAACUGAGAUCUUAAUGUAAGAGACUUCAGUUAAGAUGAAGCAAAUUUGAGGCUAUGCUGUUUGCAUUUGUUACUGUAUGAACAGUUUCAGUCCCUGUGGAAAAAGGGAGAUUGAAAAAAACUACAAGACUAGGAUCUAUUUUUGUAUUGUAAGAUUUACUCAUUGUCAGAGUCUAGCCACCUGAAAAUAACAAAAAGUUAAAUUGCUAUGACCUAUUAAAACUGCAUUUCUCAACAA